GGGCGAUGCCGCUGUGGCGCUAGCGACUGCAGUUUAAAAGGGCAGCGCCGCCGAUCUGUCGUUCCCCGACAAGUCAGAGACAGACCCGCCGGGUAGCCGGCAGGCAUUCUCACCGGACUCAAAACACCUAGAAUCCCAUCCUACAGUGUUUGGAUGCUUAAGGAAGAUUCUUUGAAGGCUGCUUUUGGAGUCAGAAAGCAUGGAUCCCAGCAGCGACUACCAUUUCCUCAACCAGAUUUUAUGGAGAAGAGUGAAGCUCACUCUGGUGUCCGGUGUCUUUGAGGGCGUGCUCCAGCAUGUGGAUCCUAACAAGAUUGUUGUCCUGAAAAACGUGAAGAACAUACAGACAGGCCGGAGUGCCCCAGGUGUGAAAAUGUUUUUUGGGCAUGAGAUUUUGAAUGUAGAACUAACGGAGGAAGCAGAAGGUGCGUCAGGAGAAGAGGCGUCCGCUGUGAGGGAUGGCUUAAAUACAGAAAGAGCCGGAAUGGAGAACAUGAAAAACGAAGACCUAAAUAUAUAUGAGCCUGCUCCACCUGCACCAGAGGUGCCAACCAGCUCUCUGCUCAGUGACCUCAAGUACUGCCCAUCAGAGGACGAGGAGGUGACAUACACGGUCAUUGAUCAGUUCCAGCAGAAGUUUGGUGCUGCAAUGCUCCACAUCAAGAAGCAGAGUGUCCUGAGUGUGGCAGCAGAAGGAGCUAACGUAUGUCGCCAUGGGAAACUCUGUUGGCUUCAGGUGGCCACAAACAGCCGAGUCUACUUGUUUGAUAUUUUCCUUCUGGGAAGUCGAGCUUUCAACAAUGGACUUCAGAUGAUCUUAGAAGACAAGAGGAUCUUAAAAGUUAUCCACGACUGCCGCUGGCUUUCUGACUGCCUGUCUUAUCAGUACGGAAUCAUGCUAAACAAUGUCUUUGACACACAGGUAGCCGAUGUCCUUCAGUUUUCCAUGGAAACAGGUGGCUUUCUCCCUAACUGUAUCAGUACUCUGCAGGAGUGUUUAAUCCGACACCUUAAAGUUGCCCCUAAGUACCUCUCCUUUUUAGAAGAGAGGCAAAAAUGUGUUCAGGAAAAUCCAGAAGUAUGGUUGACAAGACCCCUCCCACCCUCUUUAUUGAAAAUCUUGGCCCUGGAAACAACCUACUUGCUUCCACUUCGAUUGGUACUCUUGGAUGAGGUGAUGUCAGACUUAACCACACUGGUGGAUGGGUACCUGAACACCUACCGAGAAGGUUCUGCAGACCGGCUUGCAGGCGCAGAGCCUGCAUGUAUGGAGCUGCCCAAGGAGCUCCUCCAACUCCAGGACUUCCAGAAGCAGCGCAGAGAGAGGGCUGCAAAGGAGUACAGGGUGAAUGCACAGGGCCUCCUCAUCAGGAGGGUGCUACAGCCCAAGGAGCCAGUGGCUCACACAGCAGGGAAAGAGGAGCGACUCAGAGGCUUCUUACUCUGUAAAGCGUCUGGUGUAGACAAAGCUCCACACUUUGUGUGUCACGAAUCUCAUAAGGAGGAGAAUUUUUUGGAUAAACAAACCACAGUAAAGUCUCAGAUUGUGCCUCCAAGGAAGGGCAACGAAGCCAGGGAGGAAUCUGGGCACAAACCAGUGAGUCAGGGGUCAGGGGGCUCAGAAGUCCUGAGACCCCAGGAAGCCCAGCUGCUGGCCCCCUCGCAGGGGCUUCAGUCUCAUUUUUCUUUGAAGGAGGAAAUAGAACAGUUGUUGAUGGUAGAAAAUAAGGGAGCUCUAACAAGCCCAAAUCAAGACACUCUGGGGUCCUCCUCUCUUCCUCAGGAAACCUGGGUAGCACCAUGUAGCACCUCCCCUCUUCCUGAAAGAGCUGUAGCUUCCACACUGCCACCCUGUCCAGCCCUGGAGAAGGCAGAUUUGUGGAUAAAUCCGUCUCUCCAUCUGUUUUAGGAUU